AUGGAAAACAGCACUAAUCCCCCCUAUUUUAUCCUCACUAUGUUUGUGAACAUAGGCAACUACCGCUACCCAACAUUUGUCUUGUGUUUCCUGUUGUACACUUUUAUUAUCUCAGCCAAUCUUGUCAUAAUAGUGGUAAUAUCAAGAGAGAAAACUUUACAUAAUGACAUAAUGUAUAUUUUUAUUAUGUGUCUUUCUUUUAACUCUCUGUACGGCUCUGCUGGAUUCAUCUUCAGAUUUCUGGGAGACCUUCUGUCUGAUACUCAUUUGAUCUCACGACCGGCUUGUUUCACUCAGAUCUAUGUCAUUUACACCUAUGCGUCUUAUGAGCUCACCCUUUUAGGCAUCAUGGCAUAUGAUCGGUACGUUGCUGUAUGUCAACCUUUAUAUUACCACAACAAAAUGACUUCCAAGCUGGUCUCUAAAUUGGUCUUCUUGGCAGGGCUCUAUCCGACAUUUUCUAUUGCAGUCUGUGUUUAUCUGGCGUUCAGACUUCCACUGUGUGGCAAUAAGAUACCAAAGGUAUUCUGUGCCAACUGGCCUGUUGUGAAAUUGUCAUGUGUCACUACUGUGAUUAAUAACAUGGUUGGCAUGUUUGUGUCUAUAAACACAGUCUUCCUGCCCCUGGCUUUUGUCCUUUAUACGUACGCCCGAAUCUUUCUGGUUUGUAGGAAACGCUCUAAAGAGUUCAAGGGCAAAGUCAUACAAAGCUGUUUGCCACACAUUAUUACGUUUGUCAAUUAUGCCAUUACUGUGUUCUGUGAUGUUGCUCUCAGCAGAAUUGAUCUUGAAGAUAUGAAUCCAUUUCUAGCUGUAAUUUUAUCACUUGAGUUUGUUGUGAUUCCUCCUAUUCUGAAUCCUCUUGUGUACGGCCUGAAGUUACCAGAAAUUAGAAAACUUAUCCUAAGAAUGUUAUGCUCAAAGCCUGACCAACAAAUUAUACCUUAG